AGUCUUUAUCUUAACGUUGAUCUUAACUUUGCUGCUCUUGUUGACAUUUUUGCUGAUAGCAGAGUGAGAUUCCCGGAUUAUUUAAUAAAUUUGAUUGAAAAUAUUCGAAAAAAAGCUUUUGGUUGUUGACUGAUUUUAAUUUAAUUACGGUGCAAUGGCUGCUGUAUUGAAAAAGCGAGCCUUGGCCGAAUACAGCCACGUUAUUGUGAAGGACGAGCCUGGUUCAAAGCCACUAAAGCGUCUGCGGCUCUUGAAACGCUCUCAGAGUGGCUGCUCCAGUGCAUCCAUUGCUGGUUACGCAAACCUUCUUGACAAGUGCCGUGCCAGCAACGACACAAACUAUGCCAUGUCCCUGUUGCUUCGAAUUUCAGACGCUCUGGGAGACCAAGAUGAUAAUACUGUCCAUCAGCAGGAAGAUCUCAAUGAUACACAAAGACGUCUUGCUGAUCAUUUUUCAAGCGAGAAGGAGUCCGCCUUGCGAGCCAAAAUUCUCAAUCUGAUGGGUACAAUUGGUUGCCUACCUGGACAGGAUGCGCAGGGUGUCAUGGACGACAUUGUUAGUCUCUUGAAGCAAGAAGAAUCACAUAAAGUAAUCACUCAAGGUCUAGAUGCUCUUUUGAAACUUGGUUCCAUGCUCCCGUCUAAUUCAGUUGGACACCAACGCCUUGUGGCUCUUGCGAAGCAGUAUUUGUGUGAUACAAGUCACACUGUUAAGUGCAAAUGCUUAGAGAUCAUAGGAAUUUUGCUCCCUAUUGAAGGAACUUCUUUUAAAGACUCUUCACUUGCAAUGUUGAAACUUAUUGCCACCUACACUAAUUACCAAGAGCCUAGAGUUCGAAGUGCUGCUUUUAAUGCCAUGAUAAUUUUGCACGAAAGAGGCCUGAAACUGGAUCCUAGUCUUUACGAAGAGGUCUGCAAUGCGUUGAAAGACGAUUAUGAAAUAGUUCGUAAAAACGCCAUGAACCUUAUUUGGAUACUCGCUUCAACAUAUCCAGACACUAUUGUUGCUCUGCCUGGCACAAGUGACCAGGAGAUCAGACUGGCUGACGAUGCUUUUGGCAAACUCAGCAGCUGCAUCAAUGACCUUUCCAUGAAUGUUCGAGUCCAGGCUGCAAUCUUGCUAGGAAAAUUUGGAGGAAAUCUUGUCAAGCCAAAGUUCCUGCAGCAAACUCUGGACAAGAAACUUAUGUCAAAUAUGAGAAAAAAGAGAUCUGCUCAUGAGAGACAUUGGGAGUCAGUGACUUCUGGCGAGUGGGCCUCUGGCAAAAAGUGGGCUGAUGAUGCUCCAAGAGAAAUGUUGGAUGCAGAAACAGUCAGCUUGAUCACAAUUGGUGCAUGUGGGGCUUUUGUGCAUGGUCUUGAAGAUGAAUUCAUGGAGGUGAGGAGUGCAUCGGUUGAUUCCCUGUGUGCGAUUUCCAUGACCGACUACAACUUUGCCACAAUGGCAUUGGAAUUUUUAGUCGAUAUGUUUAAUGACGAAAUUGAGGAAGUGCGUCUAAAGGCUAUUGACAGUCUUACCAGGAUCAGUAGUUUCAUUGUUCUCAGGGAGGACCAGCUGGAAACAAUACUUGGAGCCCUUGAGGAUUUCUCUAUUGAUGUUCGAGAAGGCUUGCACAAAAUGCUGGCUGCUUGUAAGUUGUCGACUAAGGGUUGCCUUCAAAUGUGUGUUGAAAGUUUGCUGGAAAACCUUAAGAAAUACCCAGAGGACAAAAGGUCUACUUGGCAAUGUUUGCAAAAAUUAGGCACAUCACACCCAUACCUUACUUUGCCACUUGUACCAGCUUUACUAGGGAUUCACCCCUUCCUUGAUUUACCUGAGCCUGACGUUGAAGACCCAGCUUAUGUGUGCAUGCUUAUCCUGGUCUUCAAUGCUGCCAUGAAGUGUCCAAACAUGCUUCAGCUGUUUGAAGAGCACACCCUUCGACACUACAGCUACUUGCGAGACACCAUGCCUAACCUGGUACCCCAUCUGAAGCUGCAAGUCGGUGCCAGCAAUGGCAGACACUGUAAUCAGGAGCUUACCGCUGCUGUUACGCACACAGCAAAUUUCAUGGAAGCACUUUUGGAAAGGCUAGAAUGUGCACAUAACACCAAAAUCAGAGCCGAGUUGUUGCAGACUGCACAAAAGACCUUGGCUCGGCUAGCUAACAUGGACGAAGGGUUAAGCGGGGCUUCUCACUUCAUGUCAAUGCUAAUUCAAGCCCAUCAGCUUCUUAAUAAGCUCCUUGCAAGUAAAUUAUGGACACAUCCUUCUGCUCUGGCCUCUGAAGAGGGAAAAAUUAUAAAAACACAAAUCGCUGAAUUGCUGCAGAUCUGCUUGAGGUUACAGCAUGUUUUUGUUGGCCACAACGAUGCCACAAUGAGUGCUGUCAGGCAGAUAAAAUUGAGGGCUCUGGCACUCCAGCUUGUUUUUACUGUUCGAGGCUCCAAUGCUUCAGCUUUAGCUCAAUGUGAACAUUUUUUAGCCGAAGUCGAAGAUGUUCAAUAUUUCAUGGGUGAAAAAAUGCUGCCAAUGGACCCUUUUACUUCAGCCGUGCUCCGUGACUUGGCAGUUCUGGAAGAUGCAAAGCCUGGAGCAGUUGCCAGGAUCCUCCUUCCUCUGACCUCGAUGCCAACUGGACCCCUUCCAAGGCCUGAUAUAACAUUGCAAAUGUGCUCGGCAUUGAUUUUGGAGCCCAAAGGAGAAGCUGACACUGCCCUGACAUUUACUGCGGGACUUGUUUUGGGAGUGUCCCUAGAUGCGGAACUGUACAACUUGGCUAACAUGUCAGCUCUUAGGGUCAAGGUCAAGUAUCCUGACCAGACCACACAACUUCUGAUGCCCUGCAAAUCGGAUCUAAGGGUCAGUGAUGUUGUAAAGAACCCUGAGCAAAAUAACAAUGAUGGGCCCGGAAAGAACUUCAGGCUUAGAACUACUGUGCUACUUUCACAUGGAGUGUGGACUGAAGGAUGUCCGGUUGAUUUGUCUCUUGUGCUGGACCUUUCUGCACCAGAGGCAAGUAUGGGCCGACGAGGAGAUGACUCAUUAUGCACACUCGAACUUUGUAAGCCUGUCACCAUCAGCAUUUCACCCAAGCAAGUCAAAAAGGGGUUUUAAUCAACAACUCUUGAGUGUUUUGUAAUUAUAUAUACAUUUUUUGUGAAUUUAUAUGGUAAUAAAUAAAAUUAAAUACAUCAUAAUUAA